UGUGUCUUUUAUGUGACCACAACUCUCUUGUUUUUUUCAGUAUAUUUUUGGAGAUUUUAGCCCCGACGAGUUUAACCAGUUCUUUGUGACUCCUCGCUCUUCAGUCGAGCUUCCUCCUUACAGUGGAACAGUUCUGUGUGGCACACAGGCUGCGGAGAAACUCCCUGAUGGACACGAGUAUCAGAGAAUCGAGUUCGGUGUGAAUGAAGUCUUGGAACCUGGUGACACUUUGCCAGGAAACCCCGGCUACAGUAUUUCAAGCACAUUGAACCCUCAGGCCCCUGAGUUUAUUCUCAGCUGUACGACUUCCAAAACAACCGCUGAGGGUGUGGAUAAGGACACAGGCUAUGGCUCCAUCGACUGCCAGUAUCCAGGUUCUGCCCUCGCCCUGGACGGCAGCUCUCAUGCGGAGGCAGAAGUUCUGGAGAACGAUGGUGUCUCAGGUGGUCUUGGACAGAGGGAGCGUAAAAAGAAGAAAAAACGACCACCUGGCUAUUACAGUUACUUGAAGGAUGGUGGCGAUGAUGGCAUUUCCACAGAAGCCCUGGUCAACGGCCAUGCCAGCUCAGCAGUUCUGAACAGCACUGGCUCAGAGGACGCAGAGUUCAUGGGUGACAUGCCCCCGUCGGUUACGCCCAGGACUUGCAACAGCCCCCAGAACUCCACAGACUCCGUCAGUGACACUGCACCUGACGGUCCUUUCCCUGGAGCACUCGGUGGGGACUCCAGGACUGCAGGGCAGCCCGAGGGGGACCCUGGGGCUCACUGUGUUCAGUCCUGCUUCCCUGCAGAGGCUGGCAGGGACACCCUGUUGAGGACAGCUGGGGCUCAGCCCUACGUUGGUACCGAUACUACUGAAAGCCUUGGGGUUGCUAACGGGCAGGUACUUGACUCCUCAGGUGAGGGCACAGCCACCAACGGGGUGGAGUUGCCCGCCACGGAGAGCAUAGACUUAGACCCCGCUAAGCCCGAGAGUGCGGUACCUCCCGCUGACGGCAUGGUCUCCAUGGCAGGCGCCCUUCCUGCCAGCCAGCCCAAGUCCUGGGCCAGUCUCUUUCAUGAUUCUAAGCCCUGUCCCUCCUCGCCUGUGGCCUAUGUGGAAACUAAGUAUUCCCCUCCUGCCACAUCUCCCCUGGUCUCUGAGAAGCAGGCGGAAGUCAAAGAGGGGCUUGUUCCGGUUUCAGAGGAUCCUGUAGCCAUAAAGAUCGCAGAGUUACUGGAGAAUGUAACCCUCAUACAUAAACCAGUAUCAUUGCAACCCCGUGGGCUGAUCAAUAAAGGAAACUGGUGCUACAUUAACGCUACCCUACAGGCGUUGGUGGCUUGCCCUCCGAUGUAUCACCUGAUGAAGUUCAUUCCUCUGUAUUCAAAAGUGCAAAGGCCUUGCACGUCAACACCCAUGAUAGAUAGCUUUGUUCGGCUAAUGAAUGAGUUUACUAACAUGCCAGUACCUCCAAAGCCUCGGCAAGCUCUUGGGGACAAAGUCGUGAGGGACAUCCGCCCAGGCGCUGCCUUUGAACCCACAUACAUCUACAGACUCCUGACAGUUAACAAGUCCAGCCUGUCUGAGAAGGGCCGACAGGAGGACGCGGAGGAGUACCUGGGCUUCAUCCUGAACGGGCUCCACGAGGAGAUGCUGAACCUCAAGAAGCUGCUCUCGCCGGUGGAUGAAAAACUUAUGGUUUCCAACGGGCCCAAGAGCCACUCGGUCAGUGAAGAAGACCAGGAGCAGGGCGAGGGGAGCGAGGACGAGUGGGAGCAGGUGGGGCCCCGGAACAAGACCUCCGUCACCCGCCAGGCAGACUUCGUGCAGACGCCCAUCACUGGCAUCUUUGGCGGACACAUCAGGUCCGUGGUCUACCAGCAGAGCUCUAAGGAGUCGGCCACCCUGCAGCCGUUCUUCACGCUGCAGCUGGACAUCCAGUCAGACAGGAUCCGCACGGUGCAGGAUGCGCUGGAGAGCCUGGUGGCCAGGGAGUCCGUCCAGGGCUACACCACGAAGACCAAGCAGGAGGUCGAGAUAAGUCGAAGGGUGACUCUGGAAAAACUUCCUCCUGUUCUUGUGUUGCACCUGAAGCGAUUUGUUUACGAGAAGACCGGUGGCUGUCAGAAGCUCAUCAAGAACAUUGACUAUCCUGUGGACCUGGAGAUCAGCAAAGAGCUGCUUUCUCCAGGAGUUAAAAAUAAGAAUUUUAAAUGCCACAGAACCUACCGGCUGUUUGCAGUGGUCUACCACCACGGCAGCAGUGCGACGGGCGGCCACUACACCACAGACGUCUUCCAGAUUGGUCUGAACGGCUGGCUUCGCAUCGAUGACCAGGCAGUCAAGGUGAUCAGCCAGUACCAGGUGGUGCGGCCCGCCGCUGAGCGCACAGCCUACCUCCUGUAUUACCGCCGCGUGGACCUGCUGUAGCCCUGCUGUGUGCCCGACACCGCCUACGAACACCAGUCACACUAACUUCCUGCCUCUCGUUAGUGGCUCCAUAGAGGGAAACUCUCUCUCCCUUUUGCAAAAUGGGCUAGAGUGACAAGGAGACGCCUUAGGGUUGGUGCACAGUGUAGUUGAUAUUGACUUCUAGCUCCCAAAUCAAAAUCAUUUGGUUGAAACAGACUGUUGCUUGAUUUUAGAACAUACACAAAAACCCGUACUUCUGAAAUUAUGCUGAUUCCUGAGCUAAGAAAGCGAACUUGCAUUCGCUUCCCAGUCUGAUCGCUUAGUUGAAUAAAUCCUGCACCAGCAGCAGCACUUGUAAAUUUGUGAAAAUGAAUUUUAUCUUUCCUUAAAAAAGAAAUUUUUUAAUCCAUCACACUUUCCUCCCUCGCCCUUUAGUUUUUGAUAAACAAUAAAAAUGAGCCAGUUAUCAAAGAAGAAAUAGUUCUUAUUUCAAAAGAAAAACACAAAAAACAAGUUUGCUGGUUCCUAACAGGCAAAAUACAUUUUAAUAAUUGUGUGAUGAGAAGCUGCUUACGUACAUGUUGCAGAUCAGAUCCUUGGAGUUAAGAUGUCAGUCUCCAUAGAUGGGUGAUUGUAACUUUAUGGCCAUUAAGAUUUCCACUUACAUUCAUGCUUCUGUGUACACAUGAGCAACGGGCACAUGGUGGAGGCGGACACUUCCUCAGUCUCCUGUUUCACUCUGCUGUCUGCUCUUCCGUACUGCUGCGUCCCUAAUGUACACAGGUUAGUGAUUCCUAGGAGUAUACAGUGUCGCCCAUCAAUAAAAGAUCACCACGUUGGUUUAA